ACACACAGAAACCUGCAUAUGCUACGAUCCUAUAAUAAGGACGUCAUCAUGAGCUUCCCUCUCUCAGAUCCACAGGCUCUAUUAUUACAGCGCAGUGAAAGUGCAGACUCGACCGUAUAGUUUCGUGUAAUAAUGUGGUUUGUUAUUUCAUCCUAGCUAAAACAUUGCGCGCUAGUCAGAUUUUUUUUUUUACGUAAAACUAUCUCACUGACUCAGCUUCUCCAAACAGCUGCAAGCUAACUGUAGCUUUUAGCAGAGGAUACAGUGCAGUGCAGCUGGCUCACACACACACACAUACACACACGCAUACACACACACGCACACACACACACACACACACACACACACACACACACACACACACACGCAGAUAGCUAACGGUAACUCCACAGAAACUGCACCGUCCAUCCCCCCCUUUGGGAGUAGCGUUACCGACCGAGAGGAGCAAAAUGAACGAGCUGGUGAAGAGUUUGCCCUCGCCGACUCUCCCGGGGAUCCAUCUCCCGUGUGUGGAUGCCUGCAAAGGCUGGCUCUUUAAAUGGACCAACUACCUGAAGGGCUACCAGAGGCGGUGGUUCGUCCUCAGUAACGGCCUGCUGUCCUAUUACAGGACUCAGGCAGAGAUGGCGCACACUUGCCGGGGCACCAUUCCCUUGGCAACCGCACACAUCGAGGUGGGUGACACCUGCCAUAUGGUGUUAACUAGCGGGGGCCGAAGCUACCACCUGAAGGCCACUUCCGAGGGAGAGUGUCAGCGAUGGGUGUCAGCCCUGCAGCAAGCUAAAGCCAGUGCCACUCUCCUGAUGCAUCACUCCGAAGAUGACUCAGGAGAUGAAGGCCCCGUACAGCAGGAGGACCGAGCCCUAACCCAAGGGGUGCUCAAGAGUCUGGCCAGCAAGCUAGAUGACCUGAGCACCUGUAAUGAGCUGAUAGGAAAGCACGGCGCAGCCCUCCAGCGCUCUCUCAGCGAACUCGAGGAACUCCGUGGGUCCUGUGACAGCACAGACAAAGUGAAAGCAGUUAAUGAGCGAGCAACUCUCUUCCGUAUAACCUCCAAUGCUAUGAUCAAUGCUUGUCGUGACUUUUUGGACGUAGCAGAAUCUCAAAGCCGGAGGUGGCAGAAGGCCCUGCAGUAUGAGAGAGAACAACGUCACCAUUUGGAGGAGACAAUCGAACAGUUAGCCAAACAGCAUAACAACCUAGAGAGAGCCUGGAGGGAGAAUCCCACCUCAUAUACAGGUGUGGAGAGGUCUCAAGAGGGGGAUGCGAGUGAUGAGAAUGAUGAGGCCGAGUUCUUUGAUGCCAUGGAAGAGUCACCUGCAUUCAUAACUGUGACUGCUACUGGCGACAUAAAGCACAAGCGCUCAGGGAGUAAUCAGAGUAUGAUGAGCGGAGUCGUGCCCAAUGACUGGACUCACAACGAGAAUGACACCUCAGGCACAAACCACAUGCAGCUACGAAGAACAAGGCGCAGCCGUAUUCCUGACAAACCUAAUUAUUCCCUCAAUCUGUGGAGCAUCAUGAAGAACUGUAUAGGAAAAGACCUGUCCAAGAUACCCAUGCCUGUAAACUUCAAUGAGCCGUUGUCGAUGCUUCAGCGUCUGACUGAAGAUCUGGAGUACAGUGAGCUUCUGGACCGGGCAGCUCGCUGCGACUCCUCCCUGGAGCAGAUGUGCCUAGUGGCUGCCUUUUCUGUCUCCUCCUACUCCACCACAGUCCAUCGCACAGCCAAGCCCUUCAACCCUCUGCUGGGGGAGACAUAUGAGCUGGACCGAUUGGACGAGUAUGGUUAUCGCUCCAUCUCUGAGCAGGUCAGUCAUCACCCACCAGCUGCUGCCCACCAUGUGACAUCACAGCGAGGAUGGACUCUGUGGCAGCAUAUCACUAUUGAUAGCAAGUUUCGUGGGAAAUAUAUCUCUGUCGUGCCAUUAGGAAACAUUCACCUGCAGUUCCACUCAAGUGGAAACCACUACGUGUGGAGCAAAGUGACCUCGACGGUGCACAAUAUUAUUGUAGGGAAACUUUGGAUUGAUCAGUCUGGCGACAUUGACAUAGUAAACAACACAACCAAGGACACCUGCCAUCUCAAAUUCUCCCCCUACAGCUACUUCUCCAGAGAAGUCCCACGUAAAGUGACAGGAGUGGUGGAGGACAGAGAGGGCACAGCCCAUUACAUCCUGUCAGGAACCUGGGAUGAGAAGAUGGAGAGUGCCAAAAUAGUGGACAGCAGCCAAGGAUGCGGAAACUCUGAGGGCAAACAGAAGACAGUUUAUCAGACUCUUCAGCCAAAACUGUUGUGGAAGAAAUAUCCUCUUCCGGAUAAUGCAGAGAACAUGCAUUUUUUCUCCUCCCUGGCUCUGACUCUGAACGAGCAGGAAGAAGGUAUUGCGCCCACUGACAGUCGUCUGCGGCCAGACCAGCGGCUCAUGGAGGUGGGUCUGUGGGAUGAAGCAAACGGCCAGAAGCAGCGUCUGGAGGAGCGUCAGAGGCUGGAGAGGAAAAAAAGAGAAGCGCAAGCAAAUCAGGCACUGGAGGAAGGGCAAGACAUCGAGGUUUACCAGCCCAUGUGGUUUGAGAAGAGGACAGAUGAUACAACAGGAGAAAGCACUUACAUCUACAGGGGUGGGUACUGGGAAGCCAAAGACAGACAAGACUGGAGCCAAUGCCCCGAGAUCUUCUAGGACAAAAGUUCCCCUCACACCGUGACAUCAGACAGGCUGAGUGGUUCCUCGUGAUGUAAGGAUACCGAGUUGUGGACAGUUGAUUUGUGCAUGUGUGUGUGUGUGAGUGAGUGAGCCAGCGACUGAAAGUAGCCGCCACUUUUUGAACUUCAAGCACAAAAAAAAGCUCCUGCUUCCACUUACUAAUCUACUCUCUCCUGCUCUAUUAUAAUUGUGUUUUCCGAGUGCAUGGCCUCAGUUUGUGUGUGUUGUGGGUGUGCUUAAUCAGCAUUGUAGAGAAAUCAUGAGUGUAUGUGUGUUUGUUGAGGGUGUGAAAGAUAUGGCUUAUGCUUUACAGAUAAAAGAUUUCAGCGCCAAAACAAACUUGUUUUAUUUGGGUGUGUGUGUGUGUGUGUGUGGGGAUAACUUGGGGGCAAGGAGUGCCACAGAUGUUUUAGUGCGAGGACUGAAUGUCUUGUUUCUCUCAAAGCUGGAACAACAUGUUCCGCAUGCUGGGCUCUGACGGAGACGUGAGGCUUUUAAAGGACCAUUGCAGGACACAGCAUUCUUCUGCGCUAAAAGACAUUUUCACAGCAGAACUUCAUUUAGUGAUCCCUCCUGAUUCUUGGGGAUUUUUACUACUCUGUUUCUUAAGAUUGCACAAACUGUAUCUUGGCACAUUUACAGCUAUAUUCCACUCUGACAGGUCUUUAAAGAGCAGCUAAAAGGCCAGUAAAAACCAAGGUAGUUGUUAUUUUCUUUGGACAGAGCUAACUGAGAACACCAUGCUGUUUUAUAUGCUUUUCCCCCCACAUGAUCUUGAAAUUACGGUUCUGCUUGCAUUAAAGGGGCACUCCACCAAUUUUCCAUGUUACAGUAAAUUUACCUGUAAUGAAGAGCACUACACAGACUGUGAAAACGGUUGUAUAAUGUCUUCACUGUCCAAGAAAAUUACUAAAGCGACAUCACGUGAGGAAUCUUGGUUUGGAUUUAGAGAUUACAAAGUUGUAUUCAGCAUUUUUAAAGCGUGACCCAUAAUCGGGACUAAAAGUCAGAAUAUCUCUGCCUGUUGCUGUAUCUAUUUUAACCAUUCUUUUUUACUUUUGUCUCUCACAAUUCUCCAAAUUUUACGAAAGUGCGAUAGUAAAUCACUGGAGUACCACCUCAAGUAUCUUCAGACUCAACAAUGGGAGUUUCAAUGAAGUAUAAAUCUGCUAAACUUGGGGGAUUUUCUUCAACAAAGGAUUAUAUUGGUGCUUGAUGGUAAUUUUAGCCUUAAUUAUGUAAUGACGUAGUAAAUCCCUCUAACAACUUCAACCAAACUGAGAUUCUGUAGAGAUUAUAGAAAUCUGACAGGCUUUUAUUUCUUUUAAAGGGAUUUACAGUACAUGUAUUGAAUACUUCAGCUUUCCCUUUUGUUUUAUUUUUGCUAUUUAAACUUCUAAAAUCAGGGUUUAUCAUCCCAGUAAGUAGCAACAAAUUUGUGUCCCCUAGUUAAAAUAAUCAGAAAUGGCUAGCUCUAUGAGUGAUUUCUAUCCUUAUCUUUGUGUCAGCAAUUACACAACUGCACAGGCACUUGAGAAGAAAAUACUCCCAGGUCAGAGAGGUGUUUUAUGCAGCGCAAAAAAAGUUUUAAUAACAGUAUGAACUGAAUGAUAGUUUGUAAAGAAAUGAGAUUUAUACAGUCUAGGACCAGAAAACAAUGAAGGAAAGGUUUAGCAAUACACUUGCUAAGGUUUUUGUGUGCAAGCAAGCACUGAUGUACAUGAGUAGUAAAUAUAAAUUCUCUUAAUAAACAGUAAUAAUCUGUUUAUUUAUAGAUUAAAGCUUACUGUGUACUAUAUAAUAGGGCAUGAUGCACAUGUACUGUAUGACUGCCUGGUUGGUUUUGGCCUGUAUAUAGCAAGAAUAUACAUAACUAUAUAGAAUCACCUCAUUUAUAAUCACUGUAAGAAAAUAUUUGUUUCACAUUACUUGAACAUUCAUAUUCUGGUCACUAUUUAAACUCUACUUGUGUAUACAUAACAUUAAAGAGUGAAGAUUGUAUACCAGUUAAUGAGAUGUUGAGGGAAAUUAAAUUAGGAAUUUAUAGGAUGCAAUAUAUAAUAUUGAUGAUGCAAAUAAAGUGUUGUUUGAAUAAAGCACAAUGUUAUGUUUACCUGCAGGUAAUGAUACAUGUUACAUCAACUUAAAGGUUUCCAUGGCAACAUAUAGCUAUGCAUGGUUUUAGAGUGCUCAAGCACUUCUGUAGUGAGAAGCCUCUUCACCUAGCUAAUUGUUUGUGGACUCUAUACUGAAACAUGAUGUGAACUCACCGUUUGUGCCCAAUGACCUCAAAAAGUUUUGCAUUUUAUAGCUCAAAUAAAAACAUAAAGAUGUCACCACGCUGUUGUUUACUGUGAAACUAGUGUUGUUGAAAUGUUGUAAAUCACAAGGGACAUAUGACACACAUACA